UGGUGAGGAAACAACCCUUAACCUUUCUCCUUGUCAUUUGGCACCAGCUACCAAGUACCAACACGGCCUCUAAUUCCACAGUGCAACUUUGCAAAGCGCCCCCAUCCACAGAAAUCUUGUAAACUCCAAAACUUAGGUGAAAGGUUGGCAAGGACCUGUACCUGCAAUGGAGCCACAGCCACAGCAGCAGCAAGCUGAGCUCAGCAGCUCGGAUGGUCGUCGCCGAAGUAGCGGAAAUCCAGAGAUCGGAGAUGGGAAAACCGAAGAGGAGGUGGACGACUGCCCCAUCGAGGAGGUCCGGCUGACGGUGCCGAUCACCGACGACCCGGCAUUGCCGGCGCUGACGUUCAGGACAUGGCUCCUGGGGAUCGUGUCGUGCGCGCUGCUGGCCUUCUCCAACCAGUUCUUCGGCUACCGGCAGAACCCGCUCUACAUCUCGUCGCUGUCCGUGCAGAUCGUCGUCCUCCCGCUCGGCAAGCUCAUGGCCGCCUGCCUCCCCCGGAGGGUGCUCAGGGUGGCCGGCACGCCAUGGUCGUUCUCGCUGAACCCGGGGCCGUUCAACCUCAAGGAGCAUGUCCUCAUCACCAUCUUCGCCAACACCGGCUCCAACUCCGUCUACGCCGUCGGCAUUAUCACCAUUGUCAAGGCCUUCUACCGCCGGGAGAUCCACCCUCUUGCUGCCAUGCUGCUCACUCAAACCACACAGCUGAUGGGAUAUGGCUGGGCUGGCCUCUUCAGAACGUUUCUUGUGGACUCCCCCUACAUGUGGUGGCCUUCGAACCUGGUUCAGGUUUCACUCUUCAGAGCUCUGCAUGAGAAGGAGAAGAGGCCCAAGGGAGGGAUGACGAGGCUGCAGUUCUUCCUGACCGUGCUCAUCACCAGCUUCGCCUACUACAUUGUGCCAAACUACCUGUUCCCGACCAUCUCCACCAUCUCGCUGGUGUGCCUGGUGUGGAAGAAGUCCGUCACAGCGCAGCAGAUCGGCUCCGGCGUGUACGGCCUCGGCGUCGGCUCGUUCGGCCUGGACUGGGCCACGGUCGCCGGCUUCCUCGGCACGCCGCUGUCGACGCCGGCGUUCGCCAUCGUCAACAUCAUGGCCGGCUUCUUCCUCAUCGUGUACGUGAUCGUGCCGGCGGCGUACUGGACCGACGCGUACGGCGCCAAGCGGUUCCCGAUCAUCUCCUCCCACGUGUUCACCGCCAACGGCAGCCGGUACGACGUGAACCAGGUGCUCGACCCGGCGACGUUCAAGUUCAGCCAGGCCGGGUACGACGCCGCCGGCAAGAUCAACCUCAGCAUCUUCUUCGCCUUCACCUACGGGCUCAGCUUCGCGACGCUCGCCGCCACGCUGUCCCACGUCGCGCUCUUCCACGGCGGGUCCAUAUGGCGGCAGACCAAGGCGACGGUGAGCAGCCAGGCCGGCGACGUGCACACCAGGCUGAUGAAGAGGAACUACGCGGUGGUGCCGCAGUGGUGGUUCCAGGUCAUGCUGGUCCUCGUGCUCGGCCUCUCCGUGUUCACCUGCGAGGGCUUCGGCCAGCAGCUGCAGCUCCCUUACUGGGGCGUCCUCCUCGCCGCCGGCCUCGCCUUCUUCUUCACCCUCCCCAUCGGUAUCAUCACCGCCACCACGAAUCAGCAACCUGGGCUGAACGUGAUCACCGAGCUGAUCAUCGGCUACCUGUACCCGGGGAGGCCGCUCGCCAACGUCGCCUUCAAGACGUACGGCUACAUCAGCAUGUCUCAGGCGAUCAUGUUCUUGGGGGACUUCAAGCUGGGACACUACAUGAAGAUCCCGCCGCGCUCCAUGUUCAUCGUCCAGCUUGUAGGGACGGUGUUGGCGUCGUCAGUGUACUUCGGGACGUCGUGGUGGCUGCUGGAGAGCGUGAGCAACAUCUGCGACCCGACGAAGCUGCCGGAGGGGAGCCCGUGGACGUGCCCCGGCGACGACGUCUUCUUCAACGCGUCCAUCAUCUGGGGGGUGGUCGGCCCGCUGCGCAUGUUCGGCCGCCUCGGCCUCUACGCCAAGAUGAACUACUUCUUCCUCGCCGGCGCGCUGGCGCCGGUGCCGGUCUGGGCGCUUUCGCGCGCGUUCCCUGACAAGGCGUGGAUCCGGCUCAUCAACAUGCCGGUGCUCCUCGGCGCCACGGGAAUGAUGCCGCCGGCGAGGUCGGUGAACUACCUCAUGUGGGGCGCCGUCGGGCUCGCCUUCAACUACGUCGUGUACCGCCGGUACAAGGGCUGGUGGGCGCGGCACAACUACGUGCUGUCCGCCGGGCUGGACGCCGGCGUGGCGUUCAUGGGGAUCCUCUCCUACGCCGUGCUGCAGUCCAGGGGCAUCAAUGGCGUCAGCUGGUGGGGGCUGGAGGUCGACGACCACUGCGCCCUGGCUCGCUGCCCCACGGCGCGGGGAGUCAGCGCCCCCGGCUGCCCGGUGCAGUGACAGUGAGUGAGUGGACAAAGGCUUAAUAAAGCUGGGUUGGUAACUAAAAUAGUCUGAUUAUAGUAUCUCCUAAAAUUCAUACAUGAUCAUGACACAAAGGUGAGAUUAGAGAUGAUCAGCAUUGUGUAAUUGUGUAUACACCAAGUCGCCGUAUGUAUUUAGGAAUCAUACAUGCUCCAAUGCCGUAUGAGCUCUAGAAUGGAUUGAAUUUAGUUAACAAAUACAAGUUUGAGGCACAAUUGUCGAGUACUCGAGUUGUUCAGUCCUCAGGUCCUACACAAUGUAACAUUCUCUCACGCAUGGUCACAGAACAGAAUACUAAAAUGACACAAAACUAACA